CACACAGCACACAGCACUGCACGCACUGAAUGAAUCUGGCGCACCGACCGCAUCCAGACCGUCAUCCUUCUUCCCUUCGCUUGAUCGCGUCCCCUCCCACCUCCACCUGCCUGCCCCUUGACCUCUCAAGCAGUAGCGUGCACGCCAGUUGCCAUCAUGCCCACGACACGGCGCAGCGCCCGCCUUCACCAAUUCAAACAGCGCUUCGAGCGCUCCUCAGAAGUCCUUCAGAACUCACGCCAGACUCGAAGGCAACACCAACGCUCCGUCACACGGCAACAGCGCCUCAACGAAAAUAGGGACAUGGAGUCCACCAACACUUCGCUCGUCGACUUUAGCACAAUGCCCAAGAUGGAUCGCCGACAGAAACUGCAAAUCUGGCAAAAGGCGCGCGAGGAGAAGAGACAACAAGAACAGGAGCAGGCCACUGCAAACGCAAAGCCGCCAUUUAUUGUCGGGCGAGCGCGAUCGCCAUUCAAAACCAUGGAGCAGUUCAUCAAGGCCACUGCUGUGAACAGUGAGCUUGAGGGCGAAAUCAACCGCGCCCUCGGCCAGGCGGAGCUUCUCAUGCGCAAGCUCAUGCCCAAGUACCUGGAGCUGUGCCACAACGCCAACAACGACGACGCCACUGUCCGCUUGGACGAUCUUCAGGGCUACUGGGACGCGCGCGUCGAAGCUCAGGUGAUGGACAUCAAGGCGAUGUUCAAGGCGCUGGAUGAAAUUCGCAGCAACAACUGGCAGCACAAGCAGGAGACACCGGAGCCUGCUGCGCCAAAGAAGCGCAAAGCAAAGAAGAAGGUCGUUCGCAAGGCGCGCAAGGGCAAGCCCUCAUCUGCUGUCGCCGCCUUUCUCGCCAAGAAGCGCGCCGAAAAGCGCACAGCUGCCACUGCGUCACCGCAGAUUGAGCUCGCUGUUGCACCCAAGCCCGCGAGUCUGCCAGCACCCGUGCCGCCACCAUCCCUGGACGAUGUGGCCAACGGGGUUGAUGCGCUCAUCGCUGACAAUAUCACGGCCGCGUCGCCAAUUGCUGCUGAUGCCCUCCCACGCCGCAAGAACGCGCGCCUUUCGCUCCGCGAUGACAGCGAUGUUGAGACGGACAACGAUGACAACGGUAACGGCAUUGCGAUGGUUGCGCCCAUCACGCCACUCUUCUCUGGCAAGCGCCGCACAGCUGCUGGCGCCCGCCGCAACAACAGCAUGCUGCUCACCCCCGUGCGCGCCUCCAAGACGGAGCGGGAGAGCCUUGGCGCCGAGGUCAUCUUCACCCCUGUUCGUCGCUCCCGGCGCACGACGCCCAGCAAGUACCGCAAUGCCAACACGGUGAUGGAGUUCUCCACUGCCAUUGAGCAGCCCAACUUUGCAUACAAACCCAACCCGGCCCUUGAUGUGCGAGCCGAUGCGACAGCACAGCAGAAUGCCACUGAUGGUGCAGCCCACCACGCCACUGAACAGCAGCAACAGCAGCAGGAGGAGGAUAUUCCUUGUACGCCAGUCAAUGCGAGCUCAACGCGCCGUCGUCGCAGCAGUCUUCGCGCCCUCACGCCCAACAGCAAUCUGGCUGCGCUGCUCACGUGCGAGACGCCGCAACAGACACCGCAGCGUGGCGGUGACAACGCUGACAGCUGUGCACCCUCGCCAGCCCUCAUCAACCUCACUCCGCGCCCUUGCACAUCCACUCCGCUCUUCAUGUCCUCCCGCAAACGUCCCUCGCGUGCACGUCCCGCCCUCGCCUGCAUCACGGAGGAUGACGAGAACACAUCCCCCAACGCUGACGCCAAUACAGGCAGCAGCCCCUCUUCCCGCCAAAACGUGGCUGCUCCCAUCUUUGAUCUCCUGGCAUGACGCUGUACCACUACAACCAACCGCGUGUUUGAUGUGGAACUAAGCACGUUUCUUCCUUCUUCCUGUUCCUCUGAGCAUUGUUUCCACACUUUGUUUCCCCGCUGACCCUCUUCCUUCCUCGCUGAUUGUCGUUUUGCGUUGCUGCAUUUUGAACUCGUACUUGUCGCAUGCUUGCAUGUGCAUGCAUGUAUGUCGUUGUUGUUGCUGCUGCUGCUGCUGUUGUUGUUGUUGUUGUUGUUGU